AUGGCUUUUACUUUAGGCACAGCAUGUUAUUUUCUCAACAAAUAAACUAAUAUGGAAAUUGACUUUAAUUAAUAUUGUGAAAAGCAUGAAUUAUAAAGCAUGGUAACCGAAUGUACAAAAUUUUUUGUACGCAAAGCUAACAUCCAACCCUAAAUAGCAUUUUAGGAAUUUGUUUAAUGUUAUUUCAAAGGAGAAACAGUUUUGUUAAGACCCUAUCAAUAAAUUUGUAAUUCAAAAAUGAAUCGAUUGGUUUUCGUGAUUAAUUUCAAUAAAAUUUUUGAAAGUUUCGAAGAUAAGUCAGGAUUUGAUUAUUACUAACUUACUAAAUUAUUAUGCUCAGAUUUCCCGAGAGAAAUAGUUGUUAGCUCGCUCUCCUUAUAUGCAAAUUUUGAUGAGGAAUUGCUUUUCAAGAAAACUUUCACUUUACUACAAUUCUGUAAAGCUCUUUUAUUUGAACUAUUAUUUGAAAAUAUUUUUUAAGAAUUAAAUGCUAAAUUGAAUAGUAAUGGAAUAAUUGAUAGUGUUUUACCAAUUUUAAAGAAAUACUAUCCAACAAAUGAUGAAUAGUUAUAUUUACCAAAUCCAGCUGCUGUUUUUGAAUGCCUGAUAAAGCUAAGUAAUGAAAAAAAUAAAGCAUGUUUAAAUCCAAUUCUACCAUUUACAGUGGACAUGUUUUCAACUCAAAUAUUUAAAUGGAGGGAUAGUUGA